AUGGGGAUCUCUCACCCUCUCUCCGACGAGUACGACGCCCUCCGCGGCGCCGUCCUCUCGCCGCAGACGACGCCUCCCUCGUCGCCGCUCGCCCACCGCCACCUCCUGGAGCACGAGGUUACUCGGAUGGACACGCUCGCCGGCAUCGCCAUCAAGUACGGCGUCGAGAUAUCUGACAUUAAGAGGGCAAACAGUUUGGUCACUGACAGCCAGAUGUUUGCACACAAAACGUUGCUCAUACCUCUUCCAGGAAUGCCCAUGCCAUCCUCUGUCAAACUGAAUAGUUCUGGUCAAAGAACGAAAAGAGCACGGCCUCCAAACCAUCGUCAAAACAGAGAUGCUCUUGAUUCACUAGAUUCAUCCAACACUGAAAUGUCUACGUACCAUAAGGGCGGCGGCUUCCAUAUUAACCUCAGCGAAACAUUGCUCAAUCCUUCCACAGCCCCAGGCACGAAGGGUAUCGACAGAAAUUGGGAUUUUGAUGCCCCAGCUAAUGGCUUUUCAGCAACGAACGCUGCCAACGGGGCCAAUGGCAAUGGGGCACCCAAACCAAAACAAGACAGUUCGGUGCGGCGGCGACAGAAAGUGGAAGCGGAGCCUAACAGAGCGGACGCCCAGGAUGAUUUUCUAGCAGAUCCAAUUAAGGCGAUCAAGAGUCUGUUGCCACGGCCGAUUUCCAGCAUCCGUCUAAACAUGGAUACAUGCAACCCAGAUUCCAGCCAGAAGAGCAGCAUGUCGUUUCUUAGCGGGUUCAAAUCUGUGACUGUGAGGAAGUCGCCAAGCGCACCGAACUUUGCAGAUGCAGAGAAUGGGGUCUCUAUGUGGUCAAGUUCGAAGUGGACCUUCAACCAUGACUCCUUCACCCGACCGUUACUUGAUGGCCUGCCCAAACCAGCGUCAGCUCGGAGGACCAAAACUGCGUUGGACUGA